UACGUAGCAUCAGGGGGCCUGGAUGGUCAAGUGUUAGUGUGGGACGUGCCAACGGGUAAGGCUGUGGUCUCGUGCGAAGGCUGCACGGAGGUGGAAUGGAUACAGUGGCACUCUAAGGGCUAUGUACUUCUGGCUGGGUCGAGUGAUGGUAACAUCUGGAUGUGGAAGGUCCCCUCGGGAGCGCUGAUGAGUGUGUUGAGUAAUCACACGGACUCUGUGCGAGACGGAGGGUUCUCGGCGGAUGGCAAAUGGAUCUUCUCCUCAUCG